AUGGCCGAACUGCCCUUUGACUCGCUCAGCUUCGUCCUGUGGUUAAUAUGGUACUAUCCGGGCAUGAUCGUCAUAGCGUGCGUCCUUUGCCAUGUGGCAGGAAUGGCAUCGGACGAUGCUGCUACCGGGAUUUCCUCCGGUAGAACCGAAAAACCCGAUAUUGCGACUCACAGCGAGAGUCACACCGAACUUGGAAAGCCCAAAGGUUGUUCGAAAGCCGAUUCAAGCGUCGAUCAAACUAGGGAUUCAGACGAGAAGUUUAACAGUGGGCUGCCCAGUGUUGAUGAGCAAUUGUCGUUAGAGCAAGACUCGGCGUUCAAACAAGGAGACCAUCGUCGCUCACGCGUAAAGACGUCUUCGGGGGCACUUUUGAAGAUAGCUGUCUUCUGGCAGGGGGUCCAGAUCUGGCUCCUUGAGAGGAUGGGACGUAUGGCAGCGAGGGCGCGGAUCCAAAAUGGAGGUUCAAUCUUUGACUCUGUUGUUGUGCUAGCGCUCUGCACGACUCUCGUUUUAUUAUCAACUGCUACCCUUCAAGAGCGCUGGAAUGGAGCUCGGAGUGGCGAGACAGCGACUGGAGCAGAUCGGGGAAUGGACAUGAAGAAGUCAAGUCCUUCGUCGAGAUUAUUGUUGGCGGCUGCACUUCUAGUGCUACUACCAUGGUAUGAAAUGUUGACUGCUCAAUAUUCGCCAUAA